CAGACGGACCGACAGACGGACGCCGGCUUCCCCUCCGCUUCUCUCGCCAGUCGGUCGCGCGUUACCGAGCCAAGUGGAUGAGUUCGCGAACGCGCUCCCGCUAAAAAAAGUCUGCGAAUCCUGUGGGUGAACACCUUGGGUGCUCCGCUCGUUUCCUCCGCCCGGCUGCUCGUGUGCUCCAGCCGAAAGUAUAUCGUCUCCUCGUCUAGACGUCGCGCCUCUUCGCUCCUCUCGGAAUAAUAUAUCCAGUGUGUUUCUUGCGCGAGGGAGGACAAUUUCGUCCCGUCGCUCUUGGCACUCACGACACCCUCGACUACCCCGGUCAGUUAUAUUGGACGCGCGACACCUGAUCACACGGCAUCCAGGAAAGCGCGAACGGGACAGGUGAGACAGAAGGCAAAGAGAAAAAGAGGCAAGAUGGGCGCGAGACAGAGCAGAAGGUCCGUGGACAUAACGACGACGCCGAAGAAGGAGGGUCUGGCCGCCGAAGGAGGUGUCGGUGACAACGCCGCACCUGGUGACGGCAAACUGGAAAGGAUCGAGGAGACCGACACGAAACCCACUACCAAUGGCAUAGCGCCUCACACGGACGUGGCCGAUGAUAAAGACAAGGAUAAAGACGACGCGACGGAAAAGGAGAAGGACAAGGAGAAGGAAGAGGUAAAGGCCGAGGAAACUAAGCAAGAAUCGCCCGGAGAAUCUCCCGCGGAAACGGCAGAGGUCACGACACCGACAGAAGCCACCACUCCAGCUAGUCCGAACACUGCCACCUCUCCAGACAGCAAGGAAACCAAAAAGAAGGAGAAGAUGAAGAAAAAGUGGUCCUUCAGGUCGAUCAGCUUCAGCAAGAAGGACAAGAACAAGCCUGCCCGCGAAGAAGCACCCAAGAAUGGAGACGUCACUAAGGAGGAACCACUCGCAGAGGGCGGAGAGGAAGCGGAGAAUGGAUCGGGCACGGCGAGUAGCCCGGUGGAGGAGAAGUCAGCAGUGAGUAGUCCGACCGCGGAGAACGAAGCCGCCCCCGUAGCACCGGCGGCGAUCCCGGCAGCGACCGAAGCGAAGGAAGAUGGCCCAGCGACGGCUGCUGGUAGCCCUGCCGAGGAAAAGACAGAGGAACCCACUCCCUCUGUCCCAACUCCCGUCCCUGUCGAGGCCGAAAAGAAAGAGGAAGUCGAAAAAGUGGAGGCCGAGAAAAAAGUAGUCGAGGUCAGUCCAGCCGGUGGUCAGCUCGCACCGGGCCCGGUAGAAGUCUCCGUUUUCCGAGUCCAGACAGUCGCUACGCAGCCGUCUAUCAUUGAGAGGAAAACCAGUGAGGAUAUUCCUUCCCUGCCCCCAUCCAGUCCACCGCCCACUCCGAUCGACUCGUCGCCGUUGCAGCAGGCUCAGCAGGCGGCGGCGACCGCGACCGCGCUCGCAGAGGCCUUCAAGCUGCCUGCCGAGGCUGCUCACGACGAUUCGACCAUCGAAACGUCGACUUUGUCCCCCGGCCAAGAGCGCGAUAACGACCCGUCGCUACCAACGGUACAAGCCCCCGAACCCCAGAUCGAGUCUCGGUCUUCCGUUGACGAACCCCGUACAGAAUCGACUCUCGUCCCCCCGAGCGUAGAGCCUCUUCCGGCUGGAUAUUCCGAUUCGCCCAAUCCCUCGGUCGCGAUCGCGGACAAUCUAGACUCGCUCAGCGCCGGUGACGGUGGUCAGACCGCAGAGCCGGACGUGCCUGUUUUGGACGACGCCCUGACCGAAAUACCGAGAUCGUCGUUCCCCGAGAGCUUCGCGGAGGCACCGAUCCCUGAAAAGACCGAGUCGGGGAAGUCUCACGAGACGAAAGUGGACGAGGAGGUCGUACCUCCGUCUGAAUCGCCUGGAAGAACAGACGACGACGGCAGCAAGUUGAUCGAGGCCAAACGAGAAGAGGUAGUGGUGGAAUGCGUCGUGGAAGAAGAGACGGUACCGGAACCCGCGAAGGAUCAGGACGAGGAAUUGAUCGCGCGAGUAAUUGAGCCGGACGAGACCGUUCAGGAAGAGGCAGAACCGGUGGAAGAGGUCGUGGAACUUUGCUCGUCGGACGUGACCAUCGAGACCAUCGUGGAGUCGGAGGAAGGCCCUGUUCCAGUUUCAGACGAGAUCCUGGUGGAAGCGAAACCGGCCGUCGUCAUACCGGUGGACGAGGAAGUCACGGAGACGACCGAAGACGUGACAGAGAUCGAGGCCGACGUUUCAAAGACCAACAGCGAGUCGGUCGAAGUGGUCCCGAGCGUGGAAGACGAGUUGGAGGUAGAGACGGAGUCCGAUAUUACUGUACCCACGGAAGAGACACUUAUUUCUGAGAAGCAAGAAGAACCCGGAGAUUCACUCGUUUCUCAGGAGACGAUCGACCUCGUUCGACCGAUUCCAAGCGCCACGUCGAUCGAGAACGUUUCGGACAAACCGACAAACGAGGAGGAGUCGAUGCCUCCUCCGCUCCCAGAAUCACCCGUGCCUAGCCUUGGGGAGAAAUAUGAUUCCGAGAACGCAAACGUUCUAAACACAGUGCCUUCCCCCGUCGUAGACGUAGAACCGCAGAUUUCGAAAGAGAAACGAGCGGAGAACGGAACUCCUGUUUCACUGCAGGACGAACGAAUCGACACGAUCGAGCUUUCCGUCGCGGAUCUCCCCGUUCCCGAGAAGAACGACGAACCUGUGUCGCUGUUAGACAUUUCCGUUGCCGAUGCGAACGUCACGUACCUCGUGAGCGAGACUCAGACGAAUUUCCCCUCGUCAAGACUAGAACACGUUCCCAGUCCCACGGACGACCUACCCCCAGCGCCCGACGACAGUUCCGUGGAACAGAUAGAUUCGUUGAAUUACCCAUUACCACCGGAAGAGCUCUCCUGUCCGCUUGAUCUGUCCGAAUCGAAGUGCGAGCUUCCAUUACCCGAAGAGAACGUGAGAAACCCGACAGAGACACUACUGACACCACCCCAAAGUCCCAGUUCCCAGUCCAACGUCAGUAUCACGUCCGGCCUGACAACAUCCACUAAAGACUCCUCGCAGACACAGUUGUACGACGACCAGAGCAAUCGAGAGUUCAAGAUGGAAUCGGUGUCGAUAAGCCUCAAUUCGUACAAUGAGUCCGACAUUGAGUUAAAGGAGAGAUUAGCCGAGUCUCUGGCGGAGACUGAGAAGCAGGAAGAGAACUCGGUCUCGUGUCUGUUGUCGAACAACGCCACGUCGUCGACCACUGUCCAGGAGACCCAUCAGAGCACUCCGGAACCCGAGGCGCCCGUAGAAAAUAACGUGGCUCGCGACAGUACGAUAGAGAGUCCGGCCGAAGCUGUCAAAGUUACAACGCCAGCCGUCCCGAGUGAAGUGCCCGCAUCUCCACCGUCGGCACCGGCCAUCACCGAGGACGUUGCUUCGGUGGCCAAGGCUAUCGAGGAGAUCGACAUAAGCGAUAAGGCUGUUGCGGCGGCAACCAUCGAGUGUAAUACGAACGAAAUAAUCGCGGACGCACAUUACCAAAACAACAUAAACGAAUAAACCAACCGCCUAAACCGAAUUGUAUUUUGGGAAGAAGAAAGUUCUUUUCUCUCGUUAAAACCAAAAAAGUAUAUUAUAUAGAUAUGUAUAUUUGGACCAUUCCUGCAACUAAACAGAAAAAUAAUGUUCUUUCGUUACGAGCAACAAAAAAAUAUGGGAACGAUGAGACGAUGUGACCGCGACAUCCCGAGAGCAUUAUAAACUUGAUAGUAGGCCUAUUGACAAUUGAUUCGCCGGCAGGGCGGGAAGAGAUCGUCCACGAAAGAGGAGAGACGGUGCCCCACGAUCCAUGUCAUCCGAAAGAUCGACAGUCACGAGGUCGAGCCGAUAUAUAUAUAUAUAUAUACACAUAUAUAUGUAUGUAUGUAUGUAUGUAUGUAUGUAUGUAUGUACGAUGUUCAACUCGAGCGGGUGACUCAGCUGGUCAUUUCCGAACAAUCAAAUUUCUCAACUUUAAACCGCGACGCUCGUAAAAGCCCUGCUGAGAAUAAAACUAUGAAAUCGAUCGAGACCGUCACUGUUGCUAAACGUAAGUCGUAUUCCGGGUUAAAAGAAAUACUCAUUGAGGCACCCCCUCUCGUAACUACAUAUUGCUAUAUCGAGAGAGUAUAAGGGACAAGAAAAUUGUAACAAAAAGAAAAUCAGAAAAAGAAAAGAUCGGAGACUUACAGAGAAAAGGUGUGCGUGUGCAUACGAGUGCGUGAAAAGUGAGACUGAGGGAGCGAGAGGAUAGAAUUAGAGAGAGGGUGUAUAGGUGGCGAUGCUCGAGACAGGUGAGAAACGGGAAGAAAGAACCAAUGGAGCGCAUCUCUUUGCCGGAGUGUGAACAGGAAACGCAGCAGAGCGGUAAAACGUUAUUGAGAGGAUAAAACUGUCGAAGUGCACGAGUAAUGGAACACUUGCAUCGCGAUUCCAAGGACGGUCGGAUUCAUUUUGUUCGUAUUCCUUUCGCGGUCCUUGUUUCUUCUUUAUAUAAUCGUACAAUCGAGACGAGGUAUUUACGUUGUAACGAGGAACGGAGGCACUUCUACGUACGACCACUUCGGUAUGCGCGAGCACACGAGGCACAAAACCAGCAUUGUAAUACCGUGCAGAGACAUUGGCAGCACGCGAUCUCCGCGUGCAUUACGUUUCAUGGAAACGCACGUACACCAUUUUACACACACUCCCACACAGACACACGAAGAAGAUGAUGAAAAGAACAAAAAAAAACAAUACAGUAUGUCGAGAAAACAGUGUAAGUGAUAUAUAAUCUAGACAUAGAGAAUGCGUUUGUGUAAAUUCGGCGUUUGUUCGAAAUGCUAAACUUCUCCAUAUGAGAAACUACUUACAUACGAGGAAGCCUAUUCGUAAUUUUAUAAUAAUCAUUAAAAAGAUAUCGCCUAACUAUACAAUUACGAGGAACAUGCACAAUUUCAGCAACCGAAUGAGUGAUCCGUCUUCACGGAUCGCCAGGAGUAAAUGAAAGCUUUUUUUUUUAUUAAGAACCGUAGCGUAGAUCGUAAAGUUAAAAAACGGAAGAAGCGCAUUAUGAUACGUAUGUAAAUGCUCCAAAACAAGAAAAAAAAACGAAGAGGGAAAGGAAGGUGGAAAAUCUCAGAAUAACUGUGAGUGUCGGAUGGAGCGAACGUUCACUGUGCCCGCGACCGGCAUUGCAAAACGAGUAUAUUAUUAACGAGUAAGGAGAGAGAGGUAAAAUUAAAAAUUGUAUAGUAAACCUUUCAUUAAAUAUAAUGUCCGUAAAGUCUUUACAACGAAAUUCACCGAUUUUUUUGGAGGCAAGUUUUUUGGCAACGAGAGCGAACUUUUUUUCUAAAAAAGGAAAACGAUAAAAAAAAUAGAAAAAUAUCCUUGAACCCGACUGGAUCUGUGCACUCGGAACUCGAUCGAUCAUUGUACAUCUGAGGCGCCGUCGACGCCGGCUUUCUCGUUUAUCUAUUUUGCCCGCGGAUAAAUUACAAAAUUGUAAAUGAGACGUUUCGAGCCGACGCCGCCUCAGGCACAGACCAACAGUCUUCAGUAUCUUCGAUCAGCAGUUAUAAUAGUAAUUAAACUAUUCUACAUUUAUCUAUAAUCUAUAAUAAACUGUGAAACAAGUGUAAAAA